AUGACUGCUUGGGUAUGCUUUCUGGGAAUGAUUGAGACGGCAGCUGUAGCACUGGUAGCUGAACGGAAAAAUUUUGCAGCUUGGGCUAUAAAGUGGGACAUUAGCCUCGUCGCGGCUGUCUAUAGUGGUGUGUUCUGUUCGGGCAUAGCCUAUUAUGUUCAAGGAAUAGUGAUGCAAGAAAGAGGACCUGUUUUUGUUGCUGCAUUCAGCCCUCUGUGCAUGGUGAUUGUUGCUGUCCUCAGCUCUUUCAUUCUGGCUGAACAAAUGUUCUUAGGAAGGCUUAUGGGUGCACUGGUCAUUGUUAUUGGACUUUAUAUUGUGGUGUGGGGAAAAAUGAACGAUUAUGAUACUCCUACAACUGAAGAACAAAAGCUACCUAUUCGAAAAUGCGAACUGAGUCCAGGAAUGGAGGUUAUUAUGGGGGAUGGGGGAGACGCUACCAAAAGUUAA